UUUACAUACAUCAUUGUUCUUUUCUCGCUAGCCAUCAUGUCGGGUGAAUUCAUCAUGAAUCGUGAACUGUCUGGCGAGUUUUUCGAGUUUGAUCCAUUCAAUCCAAUGCUGGGACCUUCGACACAAACAAUGAUACAGUCUGGUGCUCGCUACAUCCCUUGUAUGAAAAACACCACAAGUUUAAUCAAUCCAGCAUUUGCAUUAUCGAACCGCAGAGUCACUGUACGCUCAACCUGUUCGCUGCAAGAUGUAUGUGGCAUGGGUGGGUUUUUGAUCGACACGAUACCUGAUCAGGGUUUCCGUUUCAUUACCCCGCUCUUUGUCAACUCUGGUCUCAUCCAACUUGGGUGCAAUAUGAUUGGCCAUGCAGUGAUCGGUGUACGUCUGGAACGUCUUAUCAACAGCUUAAAGUUGACUCUUGUUUUCUUUGUCUCUGGAGUGUUCGGGAACUUGUUUGGUGCAAACUUUGGUCCUAUAACAUCACAGUCAACGGGAUGCAGUAGCGCCAUUCUCGGUAUGGCAGCAUGUUUGUUCGUUGAUCUCAUAUUAUCGUGGCAGCAGCUGAUACAACCUGUGCGACAUCUUGCCAAAGUUAUUGUUUUGACAGCCUUAUGCUUUACGCUGGGACUAUUGCCAGGGGCCGAUAACUACUCUGAUAUUGGUGGUUUUAUCGCUGGAUUAUUGUUGGGAAUAGUUGUAGUACCACCGUUGCCACGAAAAAGUCGACGGAGCAUGUUCUGUCUAUGGAUUACACGCACGAUUGCCUUUGGAACCUUACUAUGCUUAUUUAUCAUCAUGUCAAGACGAUUCUACGCAGCAGAUGAACCAGACGAGUUUUGUCCAUACUGCCGAUAUAUCUCAUGCUUGCCAGUACGAGGAUCUUGUGAUAGCGACGACAUAUAAACCAUUUGCAUUAACUUUACAAAAAGCAUCAUCAUUCCUAUUAGACAAUAACAACUCACAGCAUUUAUAAAAACAAG